UUUAUUUCAGUUCUUGUUGAAAUACAUUCGGGACGAAAAAUUUCACGACCACCUCGACUGUGGCCCACUAUUUGUUUUGAUUUAUGUAAUAUGUCUUCAGAGAUAAGUUGACAAUAAAUUUUUGUUUUUUAAUUUUUUUUAGUUAAAAAUAACGAAUUUUUAACGAAAAUAUCAAAUAAAAUUAUUCACCACUGUGUGUUCUUGUAGUUUUAAACUAAAAUAUGUUUAGUGUAAGACUAUGUAAUCGUUCGAUAGUAAUUAUCGAUAAAAUCUUCCUAAAUUCUUUGGGAGGUCGAUUAUAUUCCUCCUCAUCGUCGUCUGUCAUAACCCCUUUGUCAGCUUUGAAAUCACGAAUCGAAAAAGGUGACCUCCUGGCAGAUGAACAUCAAACUAAAGCUGCCGAAGCACUCGAAAAACUCUACCACCAAGUGCAAACUUAUAAGCCAACUCCCCCCAGUCGAGGUAGUAGAUUUCGUGAUUUCUUUUCAACGGCCAAGUCCAAGGCCGUUGCUAAAAAUACACCCAAUGGCUUGUAUAUUUACGGAAGCGUUGGUGGCGGAAAGACCACAUUGAUGGAUAUGUUCUUUGAUUGUUGUAAUACUGUGGAGAAAAAGAAACGUGUCCAUUUCAAUUCAUUUAUGAAUAAUGUUCAUUCUAGAAUUCAUGAGGUCAAAGAGAAACUGAAUAUCGAUCGAGCUUUUAAUACAAGGAAGCCAACUUCUUUCGAUCCGACAAGACCGGUAGCCGAUAUGAUAGCUGCCGAGUCUUGGUUGAUUUGUUUCGAUGAGUUUCAAGUCACUGAUAUCGCUGAUGCUAUGAUUUUGAAGCGAUUAUUUACCCAUUUGUUUGAGGAUGGAGUCAUUGUGGUGGCGACGAGUAAUCGUCAGCCUGAUGAUUUGUACAAAAAUGGUCUUCAGAGAAGCAACUUUGUACCUUUCAUUGGGCUGCUAAAGGAAAAGUGUGAUGUAAUUCGACUGGACAGUGGAAUUGAUUAUAGGAGAAUGAGUCAAAAGAGUGAUGGUCACUAUUAUGUAAAAUCCGCGGGAGAUGCUAAUGCUGAAGUUGAUACUGUAUUCAAGAUCCUUUGCAGUCAGGAGAAUGACAUCAUUCGUCCACGUACCAUUACACAUUUUGGUAGAAAUUUGACUUUUGCUAAAACUUGUGGACAAGUUUUAGAUAGUACUUUUGAAGAACUAUGUGAUAGGCCCCUAGCUGGUAGUGAUUACCUGCAGAUUUCCCAAUUUUUUCACACAGUUCUGAUAAGAGAUGUGCCGCAGCUACAUUUGCUCUUGAAGUCACAGACAAGACGUUUUAUAACACUUAUCGAUACGCUCUAUGACAAUCGAGUUCGUGUUGUUAUCUCGGCUGAUGUCCCAUUGGAUAACCUUUUUAACCUAGAACACAAUCCAAAUACAGAGGUGCUAGAUGAACAUCGUGUUUUGAUGGAUGAUUUAAAAAUUGAACAUGGUUCAAAUGAUUCAAAAACGAGUGUAUUUACGGGUGAAGAGGAAAUAUUUGCAUUCGAUCGAACAAUAUCAAGAUUAUUCGAAAUGCAAACCAAAGACUAUUGGGCACAAUGGGAGAAGCAUCGAUAGACGAUAUCAACAACUUGCCGGAUAUGUACUUAUUUAGUAUUGGCAACUACGAAAGCCAAAAUGUUGUCAUCAUCAUGUUUUUUGCUGUGAUUAGUUAAUGAAUUACCUCUAUCAAUUUGUAUUACAAAAACACAGAUUUUAUCAAACACUUUAUAAAAUACACAAUAAAGAUGUAUUUUUAUUUAUUUCAUAUUCUAAAAACUAUGCACAAUGAUCUGAUCAUCUUUAAGUUAUUGACAAUAUUAUAUAUUUUUUGUUUAUAUAGUUUAUUUGGUUUUUAUUUUUUGUAAUCUUUUAUUUAUGGUUAAAAUUUUUGUUUGCAUAUAAAGUCUAUAAAU